AUGAGCGAGGCCUCCUCAGUCGUCUCUUCCUCCUCGACCGCAUCCCUUUCGAGCGAGCUUGAGCAGCUGAUUGAUGCAGCCAUAUUCUCGGCGCUGAGGACUGAUGCCCUCCAUAUCACAUACUGGAGUGCGCUUGGUCUGGCGUUUGAGGGCCUGGUGCUGGGAGCUGUCUUGACUGUCUCCUAUCGCUACUACGAACACUUUGGACGACAUGAUUCAUGGUUGACAUUGAGCGCGAUCGCUCUGGGUAUCGCCAGUUGCAUAGGACAAUUUGGCUUGAACCUCUGGCAGACAUACAGAUUUAUCGACAAGGCCGCUACAGCAUUCUAUCUGGUGAUGGAGAAGGAUAUUUACGCAGAUAUGGUUGUGCUGCUCUUGAUCGGGAUUCAUAACCUGGCCGGUUCUCUAUUCUUCAUCAGGAGGACAAUCAAACUUGUCGGACAUUCUUGGUAUAUUGGUAUUCCCUUGGUCGCCUUCAGCGUGGCUUCGUUUGGUCUCUGUCUCACUUCGGUCAUCUUUGGCUGCUUGAUACCCUGGGACACUACCAAGAUCAUGUCCUGGCUGAGUCGUAUCGACGUCUACGUGCUGACCUGGAUGACCAUGUCUGUGAUAUCGGACGUGUCUAUUUGUGUGGCCAUGACCUGGGCAUUGACCAGGACAAGAAGAGAUAUCGAGGCAGCAGCAUCCUCGUUAUGGCGGAAGCUCAUGAUGUUGACUUUUGAGACUAUGAUCCCUUCCACAACCGUCGUCUUUGUCCUGCUCAUUUACGGCGGUGUUGAAAACGCCACAUUUGGCAACUUUACCCGAGCCCUGGCAUGGAUCGUGGGCCCCCUCUACUUUCUUGCAGUUGUCCACUCGCUCGUCAGUCGCCAUGAUGUCCAGCAUCUCUUGCAAGACGAGUUUCAGAAGCGCGAAGAGCCCCACGAGCUUUCCGAAGAUAGCAACGGCCACCCGUUCAUCCGCAGCGAGAAAGAGCGAGGGCCUAUUAUCCCUACCCAUAUCGCGCACUUUGCGACUUCGUUCGGAAGCACGCCGGACCUUCUUGAAAACAGUGCGGGGCUCUUGCCGGCGAGGCAUCAGAAGAUGAAGCCGAGGCUCCAGAAUAUGCGUCCUCCGCCCUCACCGCCAAGAACGGAAGCGGUAACCGUGGUGCCGGUCGAGAUCGAUCUUAAUGAGAAGGCGAAGAAGGAUCUUGGUUUUGCCGAUGAUAACGAGUUCGGCAUAUAUUUGUAG